GUGGAACCGAAUGUAAGUAGAUUUACAGAGCAGUAGAAUACAGGAAUGGAUAUAUCGUAAAAGAGUGUGAAGAGGACAAAUUUCAAAACUGACAAAAUGUUCCAUGGAAAAUAGAACAAAAGAACUGGAUUAAAACUUUUAAUAGUGUUCCUGUUAUGUUUAAGACUAAUUUCUAAACUAAUUUUAUUUUACCACGUUAAGGAGACGGACAAAAUAGUCAUUCUAGUCCCCUUUUCUACAAUUCGUACCGGAAAACUCGACCCGAACACCUCUGAAGAAAUUUGGACUGGAAUAUCAGAAAUGUGCCGUCAAUUGCAGCUAAUCCAAGCCCACGUCAAACUUGAAGAGUCUGUGCUAGCCGGAGAGUUUCAUUGUUUAGAAAAAUGAAAACUUAUCGCGGAUAGUUCUCUUGAAUGACAUUUGAAAACCUUUCUAGCGCGUUCUGUGCAAGUUUGUUAGAAUUUAUCUACGGUUAGGAUUAGCAGAUUUAGUGUGUUGACAGUCUCCAGAUUAAUCAAUCUGUUUUGUUUGGAUGCUGUGAGGACAGGUAUGGUUGUCUGACAACCGGAGACAGCCGACAAUUCCUGCAGUUGAGACGUUGUUCAAUGAGAUAACAUUUCUAACCGCUUUUCAUGCACAGCAAGUAAAAAAAAUUAAUUGUACACCUAAACUUUUGUAAGCUAGAUGUCUGUGGCGCCAAACUAUCUUCACUGAUGACUUAAUAUGGUAAAAAGUCCACGUAGCCCAGGCGCUUUAUUUGUGUGGACCAUUUGUGUUGUACUGCUGUGGGGUGUUCAGAUGGUAGACUCGAAACGUAAAGAAAACAAAUGUAUGAGGCAUUAUUUCGUUCAUACUAUCGAACACCCGAAAAAGAAUUGUGAAAAGAAGCAUGUUCUUCUGGUACGGUGUAAGGGUUUCUGCAAUAAGUCCAAGACCGAGCCACGCGUGACCUUUAGCCCCGUCCUCUACCGCCCCUUUAAUUACCACUGCAAGUGUUGCAGAGACUCCCUGUCCAUUAUGAAAGCUAUCCGACUGAAUUGUGAGGGCGGUCAGUCGGUGUUUGCUACCUACCGAUAUAUCAUCAGGUGUAAGUGCAGACAUUGUAACUUUAACAGGUGGUAACUAGUCUGUUUAUCUGUGAUAAGCCUCGUGAUUCGCUUUUGUCGUUAGAGAAGGGCGUGGACAACACAUUGUGACGUCACGAAAUGUUUCUUCAUUGUGACGUCAUAGGUGUGACAGGUGCUUUGAUUAGUGUCAUUUGGAUGUAAGCCUUGUGUAUCUUACGUGUGUUUUGUAUUUAAACAUGCAUGCAAGUUAGUAUGGGUAAUAUGUGCAUUUAUUCUGGACUUUGCAAAAGGAAGAAAACAACUUGUCAAAAACAGAACAGUUGAAGGAAG